AUGGAAAUUCAAAUAAUUAUGUCCGAAAAAGGCAAGGAGUUGGUUCUCUUAAAUAAUUUUAAAUACUGUUUUGUUAGAAAACGUAAAGAUGGGUAUAUUAAAUGGAUCUGUACAAACAAAAAUUGCACUGCAAAUAUUCUAACAACUGCAGAUAAGAAGUCUCUGCAUCAGUCAUCUGGUGAACAUAAACAUUUAGUUAAUAGUCAACAAAAAAUUGAACGACAAAUAUUGAGGGAGAAUUGUAAGAGAAAAGCCGACGAUAAUAUUUCUACCAGACCAUUAAAAAUUAUACGAAAUGAAUUAAUUAAAAAUAAGCCGACUGACAUAAUAUAUAGUGAUAUACAAUCUGUACGUAAAGCGAUGUACGAUAAGCGACGUAAAAUGUAUCCUGUUUUUCCCAUAUCAUUAAACGAAGCAAUUUCUCAACUAAAACUGGUGGAAAAUAAUUGUUGUUUAUUUAACGGAGAUCAAUUUGUUUUUGUUCCGGAAAAUGACGAAUUUGUUUGUAUAACUACAAAAGAAAAUUUAAAAUUUAUGACAACACAAAAUGAGUUUUUUGGAGAUGGUACAUUUGAUUUCGCACCAAAAUUUUUUUUACAACUUUAUACCAUACAUUCUUACACAAAUGGUUUUUAUGUGCCUAUUGUAUAUUUUUUUCUUGCAAAUAAAACAAAAGAAACUUAUUUGAAUAUGUGGAAAUAUCUUUUGGAACUAUGUCAACGAUUUUUUAAUUCAACUUUCGAUGUUCAAAAACUGCAUUUGGAUUUUGAAUCUGGAGCUCAUGAAGCUGCAAAAGAAAUAUUUCCGAACGUGAUGAUUGUAACAUGCCGUUUUCAUUUAGGCCAAGCUUGGUGGAGAAAGAUUAAUGGAGAUUCAAAUUUGAGAAACGCAUACAAAGAUAACAACAAUGAAUUAGGUCAAUGGCUAAAAUUAUUUUUUGGCUUACCGUUUUUACCCAGUGACGAAAUUGAAGAUGCAUUUUUAGCAUUAAUAGCCGAAUGCCCCAGCCUAGAAGAAGGUCAUGUUUUUACAGACUAUUUAGUAUCAACAUAUAUUGCACCUGAUUCAUUAUUUCCCCCAUAUCUUUGGGCACAAGAACCCUCAGUAAAUCCAAGAACUACUAAUGGGCCAGAGAGCUUUCACAGGACGUACAAUGGUCAGUUUUAUAGCCCCCAUCCUCCAACACACGUAGUUAUAUCAGUUUUAAAAGAAACACAAGCUCAAACUUUGACAAUAAUUAAUUCUAUUAAAAACAAUGUACAUAAGCCUAUGGCCAAAAAAGAUAAACUUUUAAUUGAAUCAACUUUACAAAAUUAUAAUGAUUAUAAAGUACACAAAGAUCUAAUUUUAUAUUUAAGAAAAACUGGAAAUUCCUACCAGGGAAAAAAUUUAAAAAAAAGUAAAAAUGUAGAAAAUUUUUUUUAA